GCGCACAUAUGGUCUCGAUAUCCCUAACGACUUUAUGCAGUAAUUUGUCCUUUUAUCUCUCAAAUAAGCUUGCCACUGAAUAUAAGAGUACUAACAACAAUCAGUUCAGUAAUGUUGUGUCGAAGAUGUACACUCCUAACCUCGUUGCAGUUGGAAAAUCUGCUACGUAUGCAAAAGCGCUCUGUUAAUAAAUUAAAGAAAAAAAUUAGAGUUGAUGAAGAAAGGAAAAACCAUGUGUUUCAAUAUGUUAGAGACAAUACAAAGCCAACAGAGAGAGUGUAUGUGUGGGGAUGUGCAACAACAGGAUCACUUGGGAUAUCUUCCUACCUUAAACCUGAUAAAACACAGAAUUUCCUUCACUGUAUGAGAAGACCAGCAAGAUUGAAAUUCUUUGAUGAUCAUAACAUCAAGGUUUCUGGUGCAGCAUGUGGAUACGGAUUUACAAUAUUCUUAACAAAAAAAGGAAGUGAACAUUGCAUAUUUGGAACUGGAAUCAACACAAACUCCCAAAUAGGAUUCCACCGAGUACCUCAUGAAAAAGGUAAAGGACUUGACUAUGUGAUAGAACCAAUAAAGAUUGACAUCCCUUUUGAUAAACCAGACACCACUCACGUGACACAGGUAGCAUGCGGACGUGCCCAUACCAUCUUACUCACAAACAAUGAAGGAGUGUACAGUUUGGGUAACAAUGCAUAUGGUCAGUGUGGGAGAACGAUUGUAGAGGGAGAAGUUUAUAGACACAGUUCCCAGAUUCACAGAAUAAAGGAUUUACCCGAUAAGGUCACCAAGGUAGUUUGUGGACAAGAUCACACUUUAUUUCUGACGAACACUGGGGAGGUGUAUAGCUGUGGAUUGGGAGCAGAUGGACAAACAGGAUUAGGUCAUCACAACUGUGAACACCGUCCGACCCUUGUACAGGGUGACCUUCAAGGUGUCAAGGUCAAGGACAUAGGUGGGUCUGUCGACUGUGUGCUGGCAGUAUCGGAGGAAGGAGAGUUAUUCGGUUGGGGAAAUUCAGAAUACAAUCAGCUGGCUAUGGUAACAGAUCACACACAAGUCAACGUACCACGACAUUUACGUGUGAGAAAGUGUGGGAAAGUAGCAAAGGCAGUUGCUGGAGGAUCCAUAUGUGCCUUGUUGACAGAAAAAGGCCAUGUAUUUGUAUGGGGAUAUGGAAUUCUCGGAAAAGGUCCAAAUUUAGAAUCAGCAGAAACACCUCAGAAAAUCCCGCCAGCUUUAUUUGGACAGUAUGAUUUGGAUGCUCAAAGUAAACUGGUGGAUAUAUCAUGUGGCAUCAGUCAUUUCAUGGCUUUAUCAGAUUCAGGAAAUGUUUAUUCAUGGGGAAAGAACCGAAGUGGUUGUUUAGGAUUGUAUGUGCAGCGUGACCAGUUUUAUCCUCUGAAGGUGUCAAUGCCAGCAGAGACAUACUCUGUUAUUUGUGGAGUCGAUCACAACGUGGCUUUCUGUAGAUCUUUUGCCUGAGAGGAAAGCCAAUAGGAAAAGAAAGUGACUUAGUUGUCAAGCACUGUGAUUGAUGUACGCCAUAUCAUUGAAUCUUUGAAAGAUAUGGGCUCAAAAUCUCUCAAGAUUCCUGACAUAUACAAUAGAAACUUGUUAGAGAUUAUGAAAGGAAAUAAUUGGCGUUUCAAGUGUGUUAUUAACCAGAAAAUGACAUUAACUGACUUGACAGACAGUGAUAAUUGUUAAUGUCAUAUUCCAGUUCCUGUUUUCCUCUUUGUCAUGAUUGAAACAGGUGUUAAAGUAAAAUAUAUUCCACUCUUUAAAUAAGAUUGGGGGUCUUAACCCUUGGUAAAGAUUUUUGAGACAACACUUGGUAAAAACCUUAUGACUCAACUUUUAGCAAAUAUUGAUCAGAAACACUAAUUAAGCCUUGAUUUAUGUAACCCUGCCCCAGCCUUUCAUCAUACUGGUGAUCUUGUUUCUUUUAACCAAACUAUUGAAGGAAAAGAAGAUGUACAUAAAGAAAUGGAUGUGCUAGUUAUGUAAAGAUUGUACAUACUUAACUAACUGAUUAAUUGUUGAAGUAUGUAUUUAUUUAAUGAUGUUAUUUUAUCAUUAAUACACAAGUAAAUGGGUU